CUGUUGCAAACUUUGAAUUUGAGGGUGAGAUUAUUCAGAACCUUGGGCUGGGUGGGGUUAGAUGUCUGCAGAUCAUAAUUUCUUUCUCGGGUUGACUUGACUCUCUUCAAGCUCGGCACCAUUUCAUUGCAGUCCUCCGCUUAUGGUGGGGCGGAGGUGGGGAGUCUUUGUGCUUCAACCUGCUUUGGGUCUGGAAAAAUAUUGAAGAAAGAGACAUGGAAAUUCAGCAGUCGUGGAGAUUGAGAUUCUCAUUCAGGAACGCUACCAUCAUAGUCUGUUUCUUCAAUCUUGUCGCCGUUAUUCUUUUGCUUCAAGGCUUUCUGUCUGCUUCUUCCAAUCGCAAAUUCGCUUCCAGUCAACCGAAUGCAGUUCAACUUAGGUAUAUUCAGGAAUCUGAAGAGAUGCGUCGUGCUAUGGAACCAUUGGAACUGAUAAAAAGAGUGAGGGAAAUUGAACAAGAAGCAUACGUGGAACCACAGACAGUCCAACAGAAAGAUCCAAAGCAAAAUGCUGCGGUUGGUCUUUCUAAAAGGUUGAAGGACUUUCAUUCCAUUAAUGAUGCUACAAGCAUGAAAGCUCUAGAGGAGUGGCGAAAACGGAAGAUGGAACGAGCCAGACUGCGGCAAUUGGAGAGAAAUGGAACAGUCAACUCUCAAGCAUGACAUACUUUACUGGGGAAACUAGUGUUUCUUCACAUGGUAAAAUUGGAUUCUCAGACCUUAUAACGGUUCUAAAAUCAUGUCAUAAGCUAUCCUUACACAUGUAUAUUUUAUGAUGGGGACUAGGUAACAUAUUUACAUUAGAAACAGCCUUUAAUUGCUCCAAACUAAUUUUGCCAGUCUAUGAUCUGUUGCGGCAUGAAUUUAAUUUUGGGUCUUAGAAAUAUCCCGAGACUAAGAAUGUGCAUUUGCCAUUUUUUUUCCUUGCAAAAUAAACGGGGUUCUGGAACAA